GAGCUGAUGUUUGUCUUCUUGUUUUCCAGAACUGCUUGAGGAGGAGGGAUGCUGGCCUCCUAAAUCAGUUACAGGAGCUAGAUAAGCAAAUAAGUGACCUCCGCCUGGACGUGGAGAAAACGUCAGAUGAACACCUGGAGACAGACAGUCGUCCAAGUUCAGGGUUUUAUGAGCUGAGUGAUGGAGCUUCUGGAUCUCUCUCCAAUUCAUCUAACUCUGUCUUCAGUGAGUGUUUAUCCAGUUGCCAUUCUAGCACUUGCUUUUGCAGCCCUUUGGAGGCAACACUGAAUAUCUCAGAUGGACGCCCCAUAUCUGCAGAUCUCAUAGGCUGGAUGGACUAUAAUAAGGAAGGCCAGCAUGAGGACCAGCCCGCAGGCUCUGUUUGUCGCUCUUUGUCCACACCGCACUCAAAUUCCCUCGAUGUCGUUGCAGAUGUGCACCCAAAGUACCAGUGUGAUCUGGUGUCUAAAAACGGGAACGACGUCUACCGGUACCCCAGCCCGCUCCACGCCGUCGCCGUGCAGAGCCCCAUGUUUCUUCUCCCCGUGACUGAAAACCCCCGUGGAGAAGAGGAGAGGCUCGGCUGCGAUGUCAACGAUGUUUGCGCCGGGUCUGAAACGGACUCAGGAAAAUCCACCAGCGCUUUUCUCCCGCAGAGCUCCUGGCCGGCACCCUGCCCUUCCGCCAGUAAGAGGAUAGAUGGUUACAUCCUAAGCCUGGUUCAGAAGAAGACUCACGCGGUAAGGACUAACAAACCCAGGACGAGUCUCAACGCCGAUCCCACCAAAGGGAUCUUGAGGCAUGGAAGUAUGUGUGUCAGGCAGCCCUCAGGGGUGGUGGGUCAUGGCAACGCUGUGAACCUGAAGAACUCCAAGCAAGCGUGCUUGCCUUCUGGUGGGACCGCUGCUCUGGACCACACAGCACCCUCCCCGUUGAAGCAGAGGCCGAGGGAGCCAGCUGGUGAGCAGCUGGAGAGCAGGAAGGCACCUUUGCCAGCAGCUUUCCCGCCUGGCACGGCCAGUGAACUCCAGAGCAAGCACCUGCCGCGGUGCAUCAAACCAGCGCCUCUGGAGCUCAACCGCAACGCGGCGGCCACGGCAGGGGAUGUCCCCAAGGAGGCCGGCCAGCUCUUUGUCACCUCUCCCAAAGAGAGCCUGAAGAGCUUGCAGGCAGCUCGCUCCUCGUCGCCUGCGGUCGACGAGAGGCCAGCCCUGGAUUUCAAAAGCGAGGGCUCUUCCUCCCAGAGCCUGGAUGACGGGCUGCUGGUGAACGCCCAGUACAUCCCGGCCCAGCAGCAAAGCGUCAAGCUUCACAAAGGCACCCGCAACGUGAAGAUUUUGAAGAGUUCAGCGCUGAAGCACAGGCCCCACCUCGCCAACGGGCUGGAAAGCAGCUCGCAGGCCUUGCGGGAGAAAACCAAGGCGGUCGGCAAGAAGUGCCGCUUUCCUGAGGAGCUGGAUACAAAUAAGAAACUGAAGAAGCCUUCCUCCCGGGGGAAGCGGGGCGCGCAGCCCGAGGCAGGGCUCCCCAGCCGGCCGGCCGGCCUGCACAAAUCCACCCUCCGAUCCCACGGGCACGGCCGGGAGGCGGUGGUGGCCAAGCCCAAGCACAAGCGGGCCGACUACCGCCGCUGGAAGUCGUCGGCGGAGAUUUCCUACGAGGAAGCCCUGCGGAGGGCGAGGAGGCACCGGCGGGAGGGUGUGGGGGUCUACUCCCAAGUCCCCCUGCCCUACGUAAGCCCCUACUCCUACGUGGCCAGCGACUCGGAGUACUCGGCGGAGUGCGAGUCCUUGUUCCACUCCACCGUGGUGGACACGAGCGAGGACGAGCAGAGCAACUACACCACGAACUGCUUUGGAGACAGCGAGUCCAGCCUGAGCGAGGUGGAGUUCGUAGGGGAGAGCACAACCACCAGUGACUCUGACGAGAGCGGGGGCCUUAUUUGGUCCCAGUUUGUCCAGACGCUCCCCAUCCAGACGGUGGCGGCGCCGGAGCUGCACGAAAAUGCGGCGAAGGCCUUUGUCAAAAUCAAAGCCUCCCAUAACCUCAAGAAGAAAAUCCUCCGCUUUCGGUCGGGCUCCCUGAAGCUCAUGACAACUGUCUAGCG